AUGCCUAGAUUCUCCGUCUCUUUCGGCAGGCGGCGAUCGACCGUCAACUCGGAAGAGUUCCAUGAUGAGCCGGUAGAGACAACGACCAAGGAAAGGCCGACUUCCUUCCGUGUCUUAGAAAGGACCGAAGUUGGAAUUGGAGCAGGACAAAAGUCUUUUGACGGUGGUCACAGGCUGCUCAAGGCAACCACGAUGGCAAUUCCUCCCAAGCAAUACUCGGACCUGUCUCUCGAGGACAACAACAUAUUUGCAGACGUGAAGAACAACCGGGGAAGUGGGUCAUCUAAUACCACCAAAACAACCUCGACAGAUACUUCAUCGCGCCACAGCAACGUCUCAACCACACCGUCUUCGGCUGACCUCGGCCACCAAGGGGCUCAGGAAGAAUGGAAACCCUCGAUUAGAAAAUCACAGACCGAAGUCCCAGCUCCCAAGCACAGCUCUGGUGGGUUCCUUAGCAAAGCCGGCAGAACCUUUUCCUUUGGCGGUCAAAAGAAGAAUCAAGUCCCCGUUGACGAUCAUCCUCUACCUCCUCCGCCCUUGCCUCCCCAGGCGUCGCUGGAGGACGACCAUAAUACCCGCAGACCGAGAGGUUUGACAGAUUCCACCGACAGAACUGCCACGCCUCCCAAGCUCAGCGAGGAGGACUUUGCCCUCGACUUUGGCAGUAAUUUUGGUAAUAUGUUCAAAGGUUCCGGGUUCGACAAAAGAGCUAGCCAAAUGACGCUUCCCGGCAACGACAAGUCCAACAUGGGACCCCGUUCCCUCACGACAAACCGAGUCAAUCAACCUCAGCCGUCGCCCAUCAAGAUUGACAAGUCCAUCAAAGUCGAGGCCUCGCCUUAUUCAUGGAGCAGUCAACACUCUAAUGAUAAUUUGCUGCACUCCGGUUCCAACUCUCCCCCGGCUACUGCACCACCCCCAGUGCCCCGGCACGGCUCACCACUGGCCUUCCGCAACAAUGUGCCAUCCGAUAUCAUCGAAGACGAAGAUGCAAACCUUCUGAAGGAUUCGGUGGCAGCUAGUCGAUUUCUUGGCAGUUCCGGUCAGCCUAGCAACCCGUCUCCACCCGGGAGAUUCCGCAGAAAUGAAGAUGCAUUCUCCACAGCGUGGGAUGCAACGGACAGCAAGAAGGAGGAGGAGAAUAUGUUCGAUAACAGCAGAGCACAACCGCCGAAGCCACCCGCGAACACGCAACGCUACAUCAACAACAACAAUCACAGCCCGCCCCGAAACAAAGUUAUGACUCCCGCCGAGUUCGAGAAGUACCGUCGAGACAAGGAACGCGAUGACAACACGAGCGAAACGGUCAAGGCCUCCGACGACAACCGCGAUGACGAUGAGGAUCAGUAUGAUGACGACGAGGAUGACAUUGAAAAGGCGAAGCUAGCAGCCAAGCAAAGGAAGAAGCAGGAGGCUCACAUGGCCGUCUACCGACAGCAGAUGAUGAAGGUGACGGGCGAGAACCCGAUGGCCGGCCCUUCCGGGCAUGCUACCCGACCAAAUCUAUCGGUGUCGCUCAGCACCCCCAACCUCGGAAACCUGACCGUCCCCGCGGGUCCACUGACGGGCAGGUCAGACGGCUCCGAGGGAGAGGAGGACGAAGAAGUGCCGCUUGCCAUUUUGGCUGCACACGGAUUCCCAAACAAGAACAAGCCGCCUGCUCGACUCAUGAACAUGGCUUCGAACCCUGAUUUGCGUGCAUCCGCUCAGAACCAGCCCCAGCCUGCGAGACCGGGGUCGAGCAUGGGCGAGGGAACAGGGCCGAGGGGAACAAGCGGUGGUCACCUUCCCGCCUUUGCGAGGAAGCUCCCGCAAGACCCGUUCUUGGGUGCUGGUCUCAUCAACGGACCGCCACGCGAGUCUCUUACGUUUGGAGGAGGCUCUCCCGCCCCCGGUGCCCAGCAGCCAGCCGUCGUGGGCGGCCUUGUCGGUGUUAUCGCUGGCGAGGAACGAGCCCGGGCUAUGCGCAGAGGUAGCCCCAACGUUGAGGCUAACGUCGAUCCCUUCACAGGAGCACCGGUUGGCCCUGGCAACGGAGUUCCGGCCUCCAUGGUAUACAGCAACAUGAACGGAAUGAACGGCGGAAUGGGUGGUAUGGGAGGCAUGCCGCAGAUGCAACAGAUGCAGCAAAUGCAACAGAUGCAGCAGAUGCAGCAGAUGCAGGGAAUGCCCGGAAUGCCCGGAAUGCCCGGAAUGCCUCAGAUGCCCCAGAUGAUGCUUACACCAGGAGACCAGGCACAGAUUCAAAUGACCCAGCAGAUGCAGCAGUUUAUGCAGAUGCAGAUGCAGUUCAUGCAGAUGAUGGCGACUCCAGGUGGUCAGAACAUGAACGCCAUGAACGGAAUGAAUGGCAUGCAAAGACCGAUGAGCCAUGUCGGAACACCCUCCGUCCACGACAGCCAGCGCCAGUCCUACUUUGGAGAUUCCAUGCUGGAGCCCCCUCGACUCGACCCCCGAACGAGAACCAUGAGCAUGGUGCAGCCAAGCUCCUCUUCAUGGAUUCAACCUCCCGGAGGAGGAUUUGCUCCAUCUAUUCACGGAGGCAUGGGUGGUGGUGGGUACGCACCCAGUAUUCACGCCCAAGGUGCCGGGUAUGCUCCCUCGAUCGCACCCUCGGAACGCAGCAACGUGGGCUUACCAGGCCGUUACAGACCCGUAACGCAAGCGCCCCAAUUGGACUCUGGCCGACGCAUGUCGGUCAUGUCGGGAGCCAUGGGAUGGGACCAGCCUCCCAAGGUCGUCCAGCAGCAGGAGAACAAGUUGCCUGACAAAUCCAACAGCAACUCGGACGAUGACGACGAAGAGGGCUGGGCCGCGAUGAAGGCCAAGAAGGAGAAGAAGCGGGGACUGUGGAGGACGAAGAAGAGCAUCGGCAGUGAAAUUGGAGCACUCAUCUCUUGA